AUGUCCAUUCUCCCGCCGACUCAGGAUUCAGUGUCAGACUCAUCCAUUGACAAAACUGUACCCGUCUACAAGGUCGACAUGGGAGGUUCUGUCAUUCACGAUGAGCCAGCCCCGGGAUCUGAUAUGAUCCCCGCUGAGGAACAGCCUCGAUGGCCCAAGAUUCGAUCUAUUUGGCAAGAUGCCUUUUCUGAGUUCCUGGGAACCAUGGUUCUCAUUUUGUUUGGUGCCGGCUCCGUUGCGCAGGUCGUUCUGAGCAAAGGCGAAAAGGGUGACUACCAGAGUAUUUCAUGGGGCUGGGGAAUUGGCGUCAUGUUUGGUGUCUACGUCGGUGGCAAGUCUGGUGGCCACAUCAACCCUGCUGUAACUUUGGCCAACUGUGUCUAUCGUGGACAUCCCUGGCGCAAAUUCCCCGUCUACGCUCUGGCUCAACUCCUCGGUGCCAUGAUGGGAGCCGCCAUCAUCUACGGCAACUAUCGCUCCGCCAUCGACAACUUUGAGGGCGGCACCGGCAUUCGCACAGUCUCUGGCCCCAAUGCCACCGCCGGUGUCUUUUGCACAUACCCCGCCGCUUUCAUGACCCGAACUGGCAUGUUCUUUUCCGAAUUCGUUGCCAGCACGAUUCUCCAGUUUGUCAUUUUCGCCAUGGCAGAUAACAGCAACAUUGGCGCUGGUCCUCUGAUGCCUCUCGGACUCUUCUUCCUCAUCUUUGGUAUUGGUGCUUGCUUCGGUUGGGAAACUGGCUAUGCCAUCAACCUGGCUCGUGACUUUGGUCCUCGUCUCGUUACCUACAUGAUUGGUUAUGGCACUGAAGUCUUUUCAUUUGGAGGCUACUACUUUUGGAUCCCCAUGGUCGCUCCUUUCCUUGGUUGCCUUGCUGGCGGCGGCCUCUACGAUCUCUUCAUCUACACUGGCGAUUCGCCCAUCAACACGCCCUACAUGGGAUUCAACCGACUUUUCAAGCCCCGCCGCAGCGUAUGGUCCAACACGUACAACAAGUCUCCCGAGUCUAAAGUAUAG